AUGUUUCCAUCCCACCAAAGUUCUUCAGAGAAGACGCCAGCCGGAUCAGCCAGCUCGGCGCAGGCUGCCGCACGCAAGAAACCCUUCGAAUCCUCGGACGAAACCUUCGCCAUCUUCGAAGAGGACAUAGUACGCGGUUUCGGAAGAGUGUUUGAAGAUGACACAAUUGAUCAUCCGCUCCAAAUGGAUCUUGGCCCAGAAUCCAUGCACCCUUUCCAGCCGAUGAUGCCUUGGAGAGAGUCAACUGCACCUCCCUUGUCGACUGCAGGACAGUCUGAUACGUCCGAUACAGGAAAAUCACUCUCGAUGCCCACGGAUCGCCUGUCGUCAGCGAACCUCUCCCAACGUCACGAAGCUGCAACCCCCGAAGCGCAGAUGGUACAUCCCGCCUCUCAUAACCGCGCGAUUCGUUCAUUUUUCAGGAAUUAUGAAUUUUCCUGGAAAGACUCUCGUCUGUUAUUCGCUGGCGAGUCGUUUGAUUUCGACCGAGCACCGGAGACGGCAUCUUGUACGGCCGAUCCGAAUUCCGAGACGGCAUCUACAAAAACUCCCAUCGCCAAUCCGAGGUCUGAAUCCAACCUAUCUCGUGCCCACGAGCUUCAGCCCCUCCUUGGAGCCGGCUUGUUUGGUAUGGACGGUUUGGCCACGUCCUGGGCUGCGGGCGGCGUCGAAUCUCAUUCCGCUGCCAUGACAGAUCCCGACACAGAGACACCACGUCCUACACAGGCCGUCUUUGCGUAUGGGAAAACCCUCGAUGAGAUGGUUGAGUACUUUCUCGACCACUUUCUGAGGUCCUACGCACCACAGAGAUCUCAGAAACGGAACCGUGCAAUACGGAACGAGCAAGAUGCGUCUCUUGGAGGGCGUGAUUCCGCCAGAAGAGCAACCAGAAACGGCAAAUCAACUGGCCGAACAAACGGGCCACCUAGAGGCAAACUCAUUGGUGGCUCCGGAGAGGACGAGGACGAAGACUCUCACGGCAAGGGGCAAAGAUCGUCUGCCACCGCACACUUCGCGAGCUUACCAUACCUCGCCUGCCCAUUUCUCAAGUUCAAGCCGAAUGCUCACGUAAAAGACCAUCUCAAAGGCAAGCACUAUAAGCGGUACUGUACCAAGUGUUACCAGACCUUCGGGAAGAGAGACACAACAAAUCACGGCUGUAUUCCUAAGCCCACUGCACCAGUUGAGCUCAUCACAACCCAGAAACUUGAAGCACUCGAUAGGCGCGUCGAUAGAACCAAGUGCCUCACAGAGAAAUGGCAAUACUUUUACAAAGUGCUCUUUCCAGACGCGCCGCUGUGCCGCGAUCCGUUCUUGGAUCUCAUCAGGACGGAGCAGACGAAGGCUUUAGAGGACUACUUGCGCUCCAGAGGAGCCAUGAUGCUUCUACGGGCAGUGGUGAAACACUCGAAGUUUCGUGGGGAAAUCGCGGCCGAAUGUUACCGUCUUUAUCAUGAAGAGUUUUUCCCACGACUAUUGGGGUUAGAAUCCGCUUUCAACAGCGAAAUGGACUCUGUGAGCGACAUUUCGGGGGAACUAGCUGAACACGACAAUCAGACACCCGAUCUUGCUCACCGUGGUCAAACCCCGGUUGUCGAUCCUGAUGAAAUUUUCACGUUUGUGUCGCGUUUUACGGAAAGCCAUGGUUUGCAACGCUCUUCAGAUCCAACCGAACCUAUCCAGACAUACCCUUUCAUGGAUCUGAAUGGGCAUUCGACGUCAUUUGAUGGCCAACCAAGCAUCGACAUUGGCGACAGGCAACGCCCGAACACGGCCGAAAUGAGGAAUCUGGAGCAUACUGCACCUGAGUCUGAUAUGUGGAAUCCCCCUUUUGACUUCGGCGAGUGUCAGACAGAUGCUGGGUUUUCAUGUCCACUGUUCGCCGAGGACGCAACGUUUGAGACGAGAAAUGAGGAAGGGUUCAUGUCGUGGAAUGCACAAUAA